AUGGCUGACCAACUGACUGAAGAACAGAUUGCUGAGUUCAAGGAGGCGUUCUCGUUGUUCGACAAGGAUGGUGAUGGUACCAUUACCACGAAGGAAUUGGGAACCGUCAUGAGGUCACUAGGUCAAAACCCUACUGAGGCUGAAUUGCAAGAUAUGAUCAACGAAGUCGAUGCUGACGGUAACGGAACCAUCGAUUUUCCCGAAUUCCUCACCAUGAUGGCGAGGAAAAUGAAGGAUACCGAUAGCGAAGAAGAAAUCCGUGAAGCAUUCAGGGUAAGCAUUUUUUCAUGUGAUUAA